CGGAUAAAGUUGCGUAUCAUUUAACACAGAGUUCAGGGGCUGUGCUCAGGGGCGGAGGAUAUAUCAGGGACAUCGGUAGGAUAUAUGGCAUUGUUGGCGAGGCUGUGCCACCCAGCAUCACAUCCCAUGAUGGAUCAUGAGCAGAUGGAUCGACGCAGAUACUCUCUCAUCUGGGCGCUCCGCCUAAAAUCUACCUGCCACUGAACUGGCACAGCCUGGACCCUCUCUGCGCUUUUGGGUGCGCAAUGGCUCUUUUACGCAACAACUUAACAAUCACAAGUAAUGCAGAUACUCUCAUUUGCUAAAAACAAUAAUCCUUCAUUUUUUCUCAGUGCCAUUGCGUUUUUCUGCUUGUGCGCGGCGUGCUUCAAUUUGGUUGCAAUAGAGGCUACAAUUGGUUACAAUUUGCACUAUCCAUGUUCGCAUAUAACAAGUUACUGUAAUUAAGUAUCCUAAUAUAUCACUAACAAUGAAAAUGUGUAAUUACAAGCAGUUAUAAUUAGAAAAUAAUUGCAUAUUUAGUAGCCGACGUGUAGUUCAUUAUUACUUAGUACUUAUGUAAAUACGCAUGAGCACUAAAGUAUGAACGUUUACAUUUUUUAUCAAAAUGCAAUUUUAAAAUAAAACGACCACAUUAGAACAUCUUAGUUUAACCCUGAACUCCUAGACGUCUUAAACAAUGUUCAGGACAGACCUCGGCGUAAGCUACAGGUCACGUCUUGCCCUAUGCGCACUGAUAAAAAGACUACUCAAAAUGCAUAAAUAAGGUAAAUGUAUUUUUAAUUUACUGUUAAGUAACUGCGGAACAUUUCAUUUAUAAAUUAUAAACAUAUAACUUUAAAAAUUAAAGUUGAUGAUGAUUUCAAUAUUAAGGGAAACACAGUAGCUACUGUACAGUAUGAACGCGUGCGCAACUUACGUCCACGUUUCAAUGUUUCCAAAACACAUUAGCCUACAAAUAUACUCCACAUGACCAACUUUCAGACCAGUGAUGCGGGCUGAGCAUUAAACAGAAACUGUGGCAAAAUAACAAACACUGACUGUAUUUCACCCAGUAAACUCAAAUCAUGCAACUAUUUGCUCAAUAAAUAACACUCCUCCCUGUUUGCAAAAUGACAGCCGCUUCCUGCAAUAUUCGGUCAUGCAAAUGCAACAGUUUUGCCACCAUGUAAUUAAUAACUUAAUUAAAAAGAAAAGAAUAAAAAGGAAAAAAUUCACAGUACAUUCGUAAUGUCAUCUGUUGAUGUAGCCAAAAUAAUAAAAAUGUUCAUCCGAUUACCUACCAAAAGGUAAAGGUCAGAAAUAUUGAAGAGGAAAUCCACAAUAGACAAAAAUAAAUAAAUUUUCUCUGCCCUAAAGUGUGUAUAAACCAAUAAAGUUUAAAAUAUUAUAGGCACGUUUAAAACAAAUGUGAUGUGUGACUAUCAACUCCUGUCUCGUCAUUUAUGGCUUUUGAGAUAAACAGCAGGUGCAUUCAUGCACGCCCGUCCGUUUCUUAAUGUUUUCCAUCAAAUCAUUUGAGAUUUUUCUAAUUUUAAUAUUUUAUGUCAAUCCAUAUCCGUUAACAUCUUAAAUUAUUCAUUUAUUAGCAUGCACAUUUAAAAAAAAUGCACAAUGAAUUAAAUGUAAAAACGUACUGCGACCAAGGCUGACUUAGGUUAUUUUUAAAAUAAACUUUUUUUAUUGCAAAUGCUCUUGCGCGUACGAUAUCACACUGUGUAUUUGCGCUGCUGCGAAUACAGACAGGCAGUGUGCCGGGUGCCGCGUGUUUGUGUGUGUGCGCGUCUGUGUGUGUGAGAGAGAGAGAGAGUGUGUGUGUGUGUGUGUAAGACAGCGGCUCGCGAUGUCCACGCUCUCCACCGCUGUUCUGGUGAUCCGAUAGUUGUGAAAAGCCACCACUAGUCGCCCCCAGUGCUCUUGCAGUCUCCAAUUUUCCUUUCCCACUGUAGACUUAACGUCACGUCCGCACUUGAACUUGAAUUUUAUCCCAUUGUACGGAGGCAGCCCUCGCCACAGAGCGACAGAGAGCUCCCGGAGACACAGGACUCCGCCAUCUUAAUACAGGCAGAAAAGGGGAAAAAACCUCGCAGGUCUUCAUUCAUCUGGAAAGGAGGUGGCAAGUCCGUUUCCCUGGUCUCCGGUCCGCAAAGCCGAAUAGGGGGAGCAAGUGCAAAGAGUUGGAGGGAGUGAGAAGUAACCGGGCAUCGCAUGCAAUAGUGCCCUGGAAAGAAGAACUGUCCGGCGCUUAGCGCACUGAAGUGUACACUCAAGGAGAAUUUGGAUUCAUCCAAUUUAAUAAGUAGUUUUUUUCUUUCUUAAAUUAUUAUUUAGACUUAAAGAAAAUAUUAAUUGCCUAUGACAAUUCUAUAAGCCGCUGACUUGACGAAGAGAACCACUUUGGUGUCCAACCUCUCCAAACGCACCGGGCAUCGCGUUCUGAUUUACUUCACAAGCUCCAAGAGACAUUUACAGUGGUUUCUUCACAACUGUCACUCAAAGGCGUGAAACUUCAAGGAUAUUUUUUGGUUGCCCUCAUCGCACAACAGAAGCGCAUGUGUGUGUGUCGGUGAGAUACUGAGCGUCUGCGCGUCUCUGGUCAUCUGGAGCUCCGGAGCGCAGAGACACUUUCUCUUUCCUCACGUUCAAGGGACGUCUGUCUACAUCCACGGCCCGGAGCUGUGGCACUUCUGUGGAAGUCCCGGGAAAAGUUAGUUAGUGAGGGGGGACGAAGCCCACGGACACGGAGGAAAGAAGAAGCGAGCCGACUAUUCCUUGUGCUGGUCUCCGGGCGAUGCCAGUGUAAAUGCCAGGGCAAUGUCCCGUCGCAAGCAGGGAAACCCUCAACAUUUGUCGCAAAGAGAAAUUAUAACACCAGAAGCUGAGCAUGUGGAUGCCGGACUGGCCGUGGCCGAUCUCCACCCUCACCCGCUGCUGGACCCCAGCAUGGCCGGGCAUCUGCCCCCGGGCCUGGGUGACCACGACCUCCUCACCUGCGGUCAGUGCCAACUAACCUUCCCACUGGGAGACAUCCUGCUCUUCAUCGAGCACAAGAAAAAACAGUGCCAGUCUCUGCCGGCCGGCCACGGGUGCUACGACAAGAUGGCGGACCGCAACAGCCCCUCGCCGCCCCGCGCCGAGCUGAGGAAAGUGGUGGAACCGGUCGAAAUCGGAAUCCAGGUGACACCAGAAGAAGAGGACGAGAGACUGUUGACGCCCCCAAAAGGAAUUUGCCCUAAGCAAGAAAGUGGCCUGGCAGGUAGAGAUGAACCUUCAAGUUACAUAUGCACGACGUGCAAACAGCCCUUUACCAGCGCCUGGUUCCUUCUGCAGCACGUUCAAAACACGCAUGGGAUCCGCAUUUAUUUGGAGAGCAACCCAUCCAAUACCUCCUUAACCCCACGGAUCACCAUUCCUCCUCCUAUUGGUGCUGAGUCUAUACCACAGUCCCCACUAACCAGCUUUUUGGGGGACAAUAACCCCUUUCACCUCCUAAGGAUGUCUGGACCCCUACUCCGGGAGCCCCCACCAGGUUUCGUGGAAAGCCGCCUCCCCAAUACGCCUCCCUUCGUCAGCCCCCCUCCCCGCCAUCACUUAGAUCCCCAUCGCCUAGAACGCCUUAGCGCAGAGGAAAUGGGUAUAAUCUCCCAACAUCCCAGUGCCUUUGAGAGAGUGAUGCGCAUGACACCCAUGGCCAUGGAGUCUCAGUCUAUGGAUUUCUCCCGUCGGCUAAGGGAGCUUGCUGGAAACAACAACUCCACUCCACCGCUGUCACCGAGUCGUGCCAACCCUAUGCAUCGCCUUCUCAAUCCCAACCCUUUUCAGCCCAGCCCGAAAUCGCCCUUUCUGAACACCCCUCCAUUGCCCCCCAUGCCCCCUAAUAGCACCACUCCUCCACAGAUACAGGGCAAGUCAAAGUCCUGCGAGUUCUGUGGGAAAACUUUCAAGUUUCAGAGUAAUCUGGUUGUACAUCGGCGAAGCCACACGGGCGAAAAACCCUACAAGUGCCAAUUGUGUGACCACGCCUGUUCUCAAGCUAGCAAACUUAAACGGCACAUGAAGACCCACAUGCACAAGUCCGGCUCCAUGACGGGCCGCUCCGAUGAUGGUCUUUCCACUACUAGCUCACCCGAGCCGGGCACAAGUGAUGUCACUGGAGAGGGAAUGAAAAACAGAGAUGGAGACUUCAGAGGUGAGGGCAUGGGGCCUGACAACGAAGAGGAGGAGGAAGAGGAAGAAGAGGAAGAGCUGGAAAAUGAGAGCAGGCCUGAGUCAAAUUUUAGCAUGGACUCUGAGUUCUGUCGAAAUAGAGAAAAUGGCUCAAAGCCACCUUCAGAUGAUAAAAAUCUUUCCUUGGGUAAAAUGGUAGAAAAUGCGGGACUCAGCUCCAUCCAGCAGUACAGUAACUUAAUAGUUGACAAUCGGAAAAGGCUUCCGUUCUCCAAAAGGGGCUCAGAUGUGCAGAGGGGCGAUGACGAUUCGGUAGUGAGGGAAAUGGACCAAGUGGAGCGGGCAACUGUAAACGGAAGGAACUGUGGAUCUGGCGACUCUUUCUCAGGCCUGUUUCCCCGCAAGCCCACUCCUAUCACCAGCCCUAGCCUCUCUAACUCUUCUAACAAGAGGAUCAAAAUAGAGAAGGAUUUGGACAUGCCCCCAGCUCCCCUAAUCCCGUCUGAAAAUGUCUACUCCCAGUGGCUGGUGGGCUACGCCGCAUCUCGUCACUUCAUCAAAGAUCCCUUUCUUGGCUUCACUGAUUCCAGACAAUCUCCAUUCGCCACCUCCUCGGAGCACUCGUCCGAAAACGGCAGCCUGCGAUUCUCCACGCCGCCAGGGGACCUGCUGGACGGGGGCCUCUCCGGCCGCAGCGGUACCGCUAGUGGAGGCAGCACUCCGCACUUGGGUGGGGGACCAGGACCCGGCCGACCCAGCUCCAAAGAGAGCCGAAGGAGUGACACCUGCGAGUACUGCGGGAAGGUGUUCAAGAACUGUAGCAAUCUGACAGUGCACAGACGCAGUCACACAGGCGAGAGGCCCUACAAGUGUGAGCUUUGCAACUACGCCUGUGCCCAGAGCAGCAAGCUCACCCGCCACAUGAAGACGCACGGCCAGCUCGGACUUCCUGUGAUGUGUAGUUGAGAGCAUUCUCAGAAGUAGCAACACGCUUACAGAAUGCACAGCUGAUUUUUCUCUUUUCUUUCCUCUUCUAUUCUUUUUUAUUUUUAUUAAAAAGGGCUGUCUCUGUCACACACCUGUUUUGUUGCCAGUUAAACACCCUUUUUCGACAAGAUGCCCUAACACCACAAAUGAUUGAACUGAGGGAAUAUUGUGGUUUCAAAAAGAAUAUAAUAAUCAAGCGAGAGAGCGAAAGAAAGAAAAGUAAACAUACACAGCUCUUUGCAGUUGACCCGCACUUUAUUAUUUUGAUUUCCAUAUUUGAAAACAACAGAGAAACGGCUUCUGAACAAGAAAUUAUGUUCAAAAAUGGAUUUAUUGGGCCUUGCUAGUGGGAGCAUUUGAGAUUGAAGUGCCAGCGUUGAUAGGCUUGGCUUUCACAAUGCUGGCACUAUAAAAAUGAAAUUAAUUUAUUUGGACAGUUUUUGUACUGCCAUUCAAUUUGACAUGAGUGUGCCUUGAAUACUGAUCUUCCUAUUUAUUGUCUUAUAAGACAAAUGCAACGCUUUUGUGAAGCAAAGGAUUUAAAAAAAAUUGAGUCCAUGUGGUUUUAAUUUGCUUCUAAAACAAUAAUGAUAAAACAGAUAUCACAUCAUUUAAAGUUAAAUUAAAAGUAGCCAGCACAAUACUAAUGUGUGUCUAUGUGUGUAUAUAUGUAUGCAUAUGUACAUAUAACUGCACAAAAACACACACAAUAGACAAAUAUAUAUAUAGUAUAUAUAUAUAUAUAUAAAUAUAUGUACAAUUUUUUCACUUCAGGACUAGACUGCGUCCCUUGGAAAUAAUGGAUGACUUUUUUGCUACAAAUAGUUACUAAAGAGACUGGACAAAAAUCAGGAACUACAGAAUCUUUAAAAAAGACAAAAAAAAGGAAAAAAGAAAAAGUAAAACGUUUAGUGCACUCUGUCUUAAAAUACGUUUACAGUAUUGAAACAAGUACAAGGGUAAAAUGAUAUGUCUGUGUAUGUGUGUUUUAAACAAACAAGAAUUUUUCUUUUCUUUUUUCCAAGUUUGCUUAUAAAAAUUUUCUGAAUGCCAUAGUGGCGUGUGUAUAUUGUUUUUUUUUGGUGAUGGGAUUUUAAGUAUAUAUAUAUACUUUUAAGUAUAUAUAUAUAUAUUAUGACAUUUCUUGUUUACUGUAAAAGUAUACCAGUAUUUGUAAUAUUGGAGAAUGCCUGGGCAUUUUACAAAAAAAAAGAAAAGAAAAAAUAUAUUUUUUCCCAACUAUAAUUUCUGUCUUUUUCUUUUUUUUUAAGUUUCAUUUUGCAGUCCAAUUUAAAUUGUGGUCUCUAAAAUGUUUUGUCACUGUAACUGUAAAAGUCUUGAGUUUUAGUAAUUUUUAUCUGCCUUGGGUGUAAAAAAAUAAAGAUUAAAUUGAAUAAAAGAGAAUUGCUAACAGAAUCUGUAGGCGAAAGGGCCAGCGAUAUUAUACAGAAAGAUGUUUACAGGAGAAAUACAGAGGUUCCUGUUAUGUAUAUCUUUCUGGUUUCUUCUUCAUUAAUGGAUUUUCUUAAUGGCUGGAAUGAAAUACAUGUGUAGGCACUAUGAUGUAUGUGUGUGUGAGUGAGUGUGUGUGUGCGCGUGUGUAUAUAUAGACUGUAUAUGUACACACAUUUGGCAGGAUACAAUUGUGAAAAUUGAAAUUAAAAUGUACAGAUGAGUUUAAGAGAUUGUCUGACCUUUUACUGUAGCUACAUAUACAACAGUAAAUGUUUUGUUCACUCUUAUCUUGGUUGUAAAUAAUUUUAUAUGCUUGCCCAGUCUUUGUUUUGUUUUCUCUGAUGGAUCCUUUGACUAUUUUUAUUUUUUAAACAAAGCCCCAUCAUUUCUCUGAUUCGGGGCUUCAUACAUGAUUUAUGGGGCCUGUGAAGUGCAGGUCUUCUAGCAUGAGAAGAAUAGAGCACAAAUACAACAUGUUGUCCAAGUUAUUAUUGGUCAUUUUGUCAUUUUCUAAUCAGGAAGUAAAGAAAAGGUCUGGAACGUUUAUAAGGUCUCUCUCUAUCUCUCUCUCUCUCUCUUUCAAAUUUUCUUCUCAAGCACAUACACACAGGAAACACACACACAUUCAUAACAUUACUAAAAUAAUCAACAUAGUCAACUCUAAGGGGACUUUCAAGCGUGUAGGUAACAGGAUAGCCAAGCCAAACCUCAUUCUACAUAGAAGGUUUGCUAAUUGUGUGCAAUUCACAUCAAAGCUUUUUGCCUCUGACCAAAGGCUACAAUUAAAGAGUUACUAAAAUUGACCACACUCAUACAGACAUGAAUCAAUCAAGCUGACCCCACCGUGUAUAUUUUCAAACCCUUCCCAGAAUGCAUUAAUCUUGGAUUAACGUGGCAUCUAAGAAAAGAUGUGACACUGUUUGUCCACUCAUUUAUACAGUACAUUCAUCUCAAACUGCAGAUUAUGUUCACUUGUUGUUUUUGAAAACCGCCCUUCUGUGUAUAUUUUAGUCUUUUUUCCCUCCCAUAUUUCUUCUGAGCAUUAGAAGCUGAUGCCCCUUGUUUGGACUGAAGCAACUUUGGUAUGCAGGUCUUGAAUAAAAAGAAAAAUAAUUUUUA